UCUAUAACUAUAGAGAUAUCAGAAACUAAAAAUAUUCGCUCAGUACAUUAGGACAAGGUUGAAUGGAAUUUUUAUUAACAGCAAAAAACCCAGAUAGGAAAUUGCAUAUUUAAUUGACAAAAAGAAAAAAAAAGGAGGACAAUGCAUGUUUAAGAGUGAGACGGAAGGGCGCGGGCCUACAUUUCUGCGUGGCGUUGCGUUAUUAAACAAAAGAUCCUUCUUCGGUUGGUUAGCCAAAGUCGUAAUUAAUUACACAUCAAAUUCUGAAAGUGAUUUUAAGGAACAAACAUUCUUCAGUCUUGAAGAGUGCAUUUUUUUUGGGGAAUCGACAGUGAGAGUGCUGGGGAAUUUCACGAGAAUUAAAUAUUUUAGAACCAAAAGGGAUUGUGGUAAACGCUGUAAAUAACAAUCAGAUGCAGAAUGAAGGUUCAAAUGGGACUAGCACCACAGCUGGUGACCACUCUGGUAAUUUACUAGAACCUGACCUCGAGAAGCAGGAAAACAUCCCAGUGUUGCCUCAGGAAGAUAGACAUCCAGGCUCAGUUGGGGAUUCAGCCUGUAAGGCCAAUCCUACAUUGUUAACCAUUGUGGUAUCAAAUGGCGAGUCUCAUGUGACUCAGCAGCCGAUAGCUAAAUUAUCAAAAGAUGUGGACUCCAUUAAGGAGGAAUUGCCUUGUGUGGCUUCUCCGAAAAAGGGUUAUUUUUCGAGGACCACUAGUUGUCAUGAGCAGUGCAGAGUUUGUCAACAAGAGAAGGAAGAAGUUCUUAUAGAUUUGGGGUGCCAAUGUAAAGGUGGUCUUGCAAAAGCCCAUCGGUCUUGCAUUGACACUUGGUUUCAUACAAAAGGAUCCAACAAAUGCGAGAUAUGCCAAGCAGUCGCUGUGAACGUUUCCGCUCCAGAGUCCCAGCCCAGUGCAAAUUCCUGGCUUUGGAGGGUUGAUCCAAGCUUUGCACCACAAGAACGUGAAAGGGGUUGUUUUAGUCCGCUAUGGGUGGCAUUCUCAAUCCUUAUUGGUGGUCUAUUGUUGGAUGUGUUAAUAUCCGUUACUCUUGGUGUCUCAGCACUGCCUGUUAACAUCAUAAUUGGUGUUAUUGUUGUCCUAGGACUUGGAACUGCCCUUCGACUUGCUUUGGAAUUCUGCCAUGAGUGGAGUAUUAGGAGAGCUGUGCAAAGGGUAGAAACAAAUGCAACUCUUGGGUACCAUCCUGCUUUGUAGGUAAAUCUGUACAUAGUAACUUUGAGCCUACAGGCCAAUUAUUGAGUUCUUUUGUUUUGUAUAUAAUGUUAAGCUUACUAUUUAUUCUGAGAGGGAACCAUUGUUGUUUACUGCUUAUAUUAUGCACCAUGAUACAGUUUGACAUUCUCUGUGAACGGUUUUGAGAAUUUAUACAGUCAAAUUGGAUGUGGAACAUUUGGUUUGAAAUGUAUCUUAUUGUAUCAUGAGUAA